ACCAGCAACACAUACCUGCAUUUAGGAUACUGCAUCAUUCUCUGUCCCUGCAGCUCUCGCAAUCUCUACACUAAGGUGUUUUUGUUAAAAUAGCAGAUAUGCCGGUCAAAGUGUUUUUUUCCAGCGUGUGCGGUACCGUAGAGAUGAGGAAAAAUCAGGACAAAAUCUUCUCUAUCCUGACCUCCAAGAAGAUCCCCUUCGAAGUGGUGGACAUUUCUCAGAAUUCUGAAGACAAGGAUUUAAUGAGGAAGAGGGCAGGGAACCCGAAAGCACUGCCCCCUCAAAUAUGCAAUGGGGACGUCUACUGUGGGGACAUCGUUGCAUUUAAUAAUGCUAUCGAGAUGGAAAACUUAGAGGGGUUUCUCAAACUCUAAAAGUGUUGAAGACCAGCGAUGGGACAACUCAACCACCAUUUUCGCUGCACUAUCUAUCUAUAUAAAUAUAUAUAGUUAAGCAAACAAACAAAAAUAAAUCUAGAAAAAAACAUUAAUUCUGUUUCCAUUCAUUUCAUGUUGUUAUGACGGACGUUUUAUUCAUUUUGAUAAAUAAUGCUCAGCGCUCAAGAAAAUGUACAUUUAAGUGGAACUGCCUUUCUAGCCUUUUUGGAGUUGCACAUCUAAACAGUUUGUAUGAUUAAAAUAAAAAAUGCUAAAAUUCACUUAAUGAGAUGAGUUUUUUCAUUUCUUAUUUUUGUGAAAGACAUGUAUAUUCAUUUAAUUAUCUGCUAAGUUCUAUGUAUGGGCAGCUGUGGUGGUAGAGCGGGUUGGCUGUUAAUCGGAAGGGCGGCGGUUCAACGCCUGGCUCCACCUGGUUGCAUGUCGAAGUGUCCUUGGGCAAGAUACUGAACUCUAAAUGUCCCCUGGCGGCUGUUCCGCCAGUGUAUGAAUGUGUGUGAAUGUUAGUUUCUGUUUGAGCACUUAG